UUGUGACUGGGGACCAGGGCCUGAUACAGCUUCCAAGUAGCUGAUUUCUAAGUGCCGCUUGGAUUUUUCAAGAGGUGAUGGAGUGUUUCUCCUACGUGACCUGUACCAGCAGGGCUCCAGCAUGGUGACACACCGGCCUGGCAGGGACAGUGUUUUGCUGGGGCAUGGUUUGUAGGGGGCAAGAGGCGCUCGGGCGGGAGCACUGGGGCUGUUGUUCGGGUGCGGAGUUCGGCCAGCCCUGUGGUCUUGUUUUUUUCCCCUCGUUCUGUUUGCCAGCUUUGUCCUGUCCAGAGAGACCGCUGGGCUGUUUUGGUCAUGAGCUGAGAUUCAAGGGGUCUUUUCUCCCUGAGCCAACUCCUACCCUCCUUCGGGGUUGCUGUCUGCCCUGCGUGGGUGAGGGGAAGGAUUUCCAAAGCGCCCUUAUCGUGCUCUGCUGGAAAAAAACCCUGCCUUUCCUAUACCUGCUGUACAACGGCUGCAGACAGCCAGGGGAAUACCGGAGCCAGCACACGGCGUUGGGUAUCUGUCAAAAAGCUGGUGCCCCUCUGCCCUCAUCCAUAUGGAAGAAGGGUUAUCGUCUGCCUCAUGCAGUAAGAUCCUUCUAAAAGGCUAUGCAGUAGACAUUUAUUUUUUCAAUAACUGCCUUUCGAAGAAAAAAAAAUAAAUUCAGCAUGGAGAAAUCCAAGAUCCAGUUUGUUCAGGUCAUGCCUUCUGCUGUUCACGUUGACACGUCUGUUCUGGUGAUAACUUUCUGCAUGAUAGAGGAUGUCGCUGGGAGCUCCGAUAACCCCCUGAGUUCUCAUAGAGCAGGUGGGAGCUUGGCAGGGGCCACUGACAGCUUUCUUUGUGCAAAAUAUUCCUCGCUCUGAGCAGUUCUGUUUUUUCUCUUUAGCUCAGUAGCUGGGUAAGGCAAACGAGGGAUGUGGUGGGGGCCAAAUUCUGCUCUGCAUGCAUCUGCUUCAGAGAAGUUCCUAUAAAAGCACAUGUCACGGGUCCAGCCUGUUCAUCGCUGCAGUUAAAUAUUGCUUAAAUUGGAGCACACAUGUGCACAUCAUGAAAAAUGUAGAAGGUCCUUUGAGUUACAGGCUUCUGAGGUUUAUAAGGCUGUUACUUUUUGGAAGAAACCCAUCAGAUGAAAUAGCUGCUGCCUGCAGUUUCUGUUUAUCUGAUAUGGGUGGGAUGGUGCCAAGUUCUCUGGUAGACUGAGAGAUGCAGCGGGGCGUGUUUGUGAGGGGAAGAAUUAAUACCUGCCACUUCUCUGCUUGUGCCCACCUAUAGCAGGCAUGCAAGAAGCCCUCAAAACAAGGUGUUUGGAAGUUGCUGAAAACCGCAGGCGAAACUUGCUGGCAAGAGCUCUGUCAUCAUGUCAGUCAGCGUCCACGAGAACCGUAAAUCCCGGACUAGCACCGGCUCCAUGAACAUCUUGCUUUUUCACAAAGCUUCCCACCCGGACUGCGUCUUGUCCCAUCUGAACACCCUGCGGAAGCACUGCAUGUUCACCGAUGUCACCCUUUGGGCAGGAAACAGGUCGUUCCCGUGUCAUCGGGCAGUGCUGGCUGCCUCCAGCAGAUACUUCGAAGCCAUGUUUAGCAAUGGCCUCCGGGAGAGCCUGGAUGAUGAGGUGAACUUCCAUGACAGCCUCCACCCAGAGGUGCUGGAGCUACUGCUGGACUUUGCUUAUUCCUCUCGGAUCAUCAUCAAUGAGGAGAAUGCCGAGUCCCUCCUGGAGGCUGGAGACAUGCUGCAGUUCCACGACGUCCGAGACGCGGCGGCCGAGUUCCUGGAGAAGAACCUCUACCCUUCCAACUGCCUGGGCAUGAUGCUGCUCUCGGAUGCCCAUCAGUGCCGGCGGCUCUAUGAACUCUCCUGGAGGAUGUGCCUGGUCAACUUUGAGACUGUUCACAAGAGUGAGGACUUCAACAACCUUUCCAAGGACACUCUGCUGGACCUCAUUUCCAGCGAUGAGCUGGAAAUCGAGGAUGAAGAAAAGGUCUUUAAGGCUGUCAUCCAGUGGGUGAAAUACGAUCUGGAUGAGCGGAAAGCUUAUCUCCCAGAACUUCUGAGGAAUGUUCGUCUGGCCUUGCUUCCUUCUGAAUGCCUCAGGGAGGCCUUGGCUUGUGAGGACUUGAUCAUGGUGGACGAAAGGAACAAGCUUGUCUUGGAUGAAGCUAUUCAGUGCAAGAAGAAGAUCCUCCAGAAUGAUGGGGUGGUCACCAGUCCCUGUGCCAGGCCUCGCAAAGCUGGGCACACCUUGCUGAUCCUGGGAGGACAGACCUUCAUGUGUGAUAAGAUCUACCAAGUGGAUCACAAAGCCAAGGAGAUUAUCCCCAAAGCAGACCUGCCGAGUCCCCGGAAGGAGUUUAGUGCCUGUGCCAUCGGCUGCAAAGUGUAUAUCACUGGAGGCAGGGGCUCAGAGAACGGGGUCUCGAAAGACGUGUGGGUGUACGACACCGUUCAUGAGGAAUGGUCAAAAGCAGCCCCGAUGUUAAUAGCUCGGUUUGGGCAUGGCUCGGCUGAACUGGAAAACUGCCUGUACGUGGUUGGCGGGCACACUGCAGUAGCUGGAAUCUUUCCUGCAUCUCCUUCGGUUUCCUUGAAGCAAGUAGAGAAGUACGAUCCCCUGUCCAACAAAUGGACGAUGGUGGCUCCUUUGAGAGACGGAGUGAGCAAUGCUGCGGUGGUGAGCGCCAGGCUCAAGCUGUUUGUCUUUGGUGGGACCAGCAUUCACCGAGACUUGGCGUCCAAAGUCCAGUGCUAUGAUCCAGCUGAGAAUCGGUGGAUGAUCAAAGCUGAGUGCCCACAGCCCUGGCGCUACACGGCAGCUGCUGUCCUGGGCAGCCAGAUUUUCAUCAUGGGAGGAGACACCGAGUUCACGGCAGCAUCCGCCUACCGCUUUGACUGCGAAACAGACCAGUGGACGCGCAUCGGGGACAUGACAGCCAAGCGCAUGUCAUGCCACGCUUUGGCCUCGGGGAAUAAACUCUACGUGGUGGGAGGUUACUUUGGCACUCAGAGAUGCAAAACGCUGGACUGCUACGACCCUACAUCAGACACGUGGAACUGUAUCACAACGGUGCCUUACUCGCUCAUCCCCACAGCUUUUGUCAGCACUUGGAAGCACUUGCCAUCAUGAUGAGGGUCAGGGCGCGGGGGCUUGUAUCCAGGAGGUCAAUAAGAUGCCAGAGUCACAUCCAUGUCCCCUGUCUCACUGCUGGAGCCGACACAGUGACCGAAUUCCCUCCCGUCCUCGCGCCCAGGACUCCGAGGAGCCUUUCACAUCCCUUCCUGGCACCAGGAGUCGGAGGCACGGCCAGCCCCGCUGCCGGCAUCAUGCCAGGGGGCACCAGGGCCACCCAGCCCUGCCGCUGGGCACCACGUGGAGAUGGCGAGGAGCCGGGAGCGCUGGCUGCCGGGCUGGGCGCAGGGGCACGGGGACGGCUCGUGGGCACCGGUGGCCUCACGGGACUGGGGGGAUGGAGGCUGCAUCCCUUGGCAAGCACAGCAUGGGGGGGGCCGUUAGGUGCUUUUUGUUACUCGUUUGAGGGGGUUCAGAGAUAGUAAUAUUUUUUUUUAGACACAGCGAACUUACCAUUGGCAGUGCCUGCUGUUUGGGUGAUUUGGAAGUUUUGUUUAAAGGCAAAAUGGGUUGAGAGCACCUGGCUCUCCCCAUCCUCUGGCCGCUCUGCGGAGGCUGUUGAAACAUUAAAGUGUGGGAGCUUGGGGCAGCUGCCAGCAGCGCUGGGUACUGCAGCAAAACAGGGCAGGUGCCUUUUGUUUUGUACUUCGGGCCUUUCUAUUACCCUUUUUUUUUUUUCUUCCCCCUUUCCUCACUACAGCCGGUUGCGAUUUGGUCGGAGGCUGGGCAGCUCCCCGCACGCAGCUGCUGGGAAGAGCGCGACGGCUCUGUUAGCGUGCCAAGGCACCGGCACUGCUGCCGAGAUAGUCACCAGAUAAACCCCGCUGCGUGCUUCGAGCCGCUCUUCUGAGCCGCCCGCAGCCACUGAGCAGCGCGUGGGUGAGGGCGUAAUUAGUAAACGAGCAGAGGUGCAGCAGGGCAAAGCUCGCGCCUUGGAAGUGGGCAUCUUGCCUCGAGCGGGGCCUCGGAGGGAAAGCCGGCGGGCUAGGGGAGCCCCUCAGGGCUGGCAGCGCGGGCUGGGGAGGGACCCCCACCCUGGGGAGGGACCCCCUGCCCCUUCCCGCUGCACCGCACGCCCUGGCCUCGCCUUGGAGAGAUGUGAGCGUUGCUGACGGCAGGGUGCCUGCCCGCCCCGGCUGAGCCACGCACGCCGGCUGCCAACUGCGUUUGGGUUUAUCCACGCAAGAGCUGUCAGCCCGAGUCACUCCUCAUUCAUGCUGUGGAGGGAGGCACGUGGCUUUUGGCUGUUGAUACAGGGGUCCGGCUCCUGACCAGCCUCUUCCAGGGCUGGCGACUGCUCAAGACUGGUCCUGCACUGCCCCAGCAUCCCGCUUUCCUCCACAGCAGAUCUGGUCCUGCAGAUGCUCUGGGCUUGCCUUUCACCCCUGGAUUAGGUUAAGCUGUAGCCUGGCCAGCUGCAUGAUGCAAUGUGAUGAAAAGCCUUGACACGGCUUCAAACAACAAAGGUCUUUUUGGAGCAGCAAGUGCCCAGUGCUGCCGGGAAGAACACGCUUUGUGCCCAGCCAGUCCACGAUGCUCUGAAUGACGUUUAUUUACAUCUUCUAGUCUUUUUUUUUUUUUCUUUUUUUUCUUUUUUCUUUCCUUCAGCUGCUUGUGAACUUUAAUAAAAAUGAUGAUCUGGGAAA